UGACAUACACUAGACGUAUUCUACUCACGGAAACUCAUGUUUGUCUAACACCUAGUAUAGUGUACAUGUGGGUAACGUAAAUGUAUAGCUGCUCUAGCGGAUGGCGCCAUGUUUGAGGUCAACCUGCACGCUCUAUCGCUUCCUCUCUUCAUAGUGAUUGUUGAACAGUAUACUCACACUGCAUAAAAUGUGAUGUUACACGCACUGUUUGUAACGGAUUCUUUUUUGGCAGUACAGGUACCGUACGUUUAAAAGCUGGUUCGACGCACGGACAAUCUUGCUUAAAUCAUGGAUAAAUACGUAACCAUCGAAGAAUAUCGGCAGAUGUGGGGCGAGGCUAAACUCCUGCAUAAACCAGACGAGGAGUACGAGGGGAUCAAGUUGUACCCAAGCAUGGCCAAGUCUGUGGAGCGUCUCAAGACUUGGACAGUCAGAGAAGACGAUGUCUGGAUCGUGACAUUCAUGAAAGCAGGCACAACUUGGGCCCAAGAGAUCGUGUCUUGCAUCAUGCAGGACGGAGACUUGGAAGCAGUCAACAAGAGACACGCGGCAUUCCGAGUGUUGUUCAUUGAAAGUGACUUCCCGGAACAAAUUCGGCGUCUAAAAAACCUCCCAGACACGCUCCAGAUAGCGGACGAGACGCCAUCCCCUCGGAUGCUCAAGACCCAUCUCCCAGGCCCGCUCCUACCUCCACAGAUAUGGCAGAAGAAACCCAAGAUUGUCUACGUCUUGCGAAACCCCAAGGAUCUCGCGGUGUCCUGUUUCCACUUCUCCAAAAUGGGCGAAACGGAUCCCAAGAAACUCGCCCAGACGUUUGGGGAAUUCUUGGAAGAAAUGCUGGCAGGAAAAAAUCACUACGGACCAUGGUGGGACCACUAUCUGUACUUCUGGAGACUGAGACACGAAGAGAACAUUCUUAUCUUGCGAUUCGAAGACAUGAAACAGGACCUGCGAAGCAAUGUCCAGAAAGUCAGUAAAUUUCUCGGCAAGAAUCUCUCCGAUGAGAAACUCGACGCCAUCACGGAGCACUGUACGUUCGGCACCAUGAAGAAGAACAAGAUGUCUCACAAUGACGACCUAUUUGAUAAAAAGAACUCACCUGAAGGAAGCUCCUUCAUGAGGAAAGGAAAGGUAGGCGACUGGAAGACCCACUUCACAGUUGCGCAGAACGAAGCAAUGGACGCCCUCAUUCGAGACAAGCUGCACGGAACGGGGCUGAAAUUUGACUACCAGUAGACAAUCAGACUACAGCACUCUGUCAGCAUUAUACAUGUUUAUGACGGGACUGCAACUGCCAAGACAAGAGGUUGAUGUCAAGAGGCAAUUUUCCACCACCUGUACACAUGGAAAAAAUUCCUACUUGCAAGCUAACAAACUAUCGUAGUACACAAACACAAACUAAGAUUCCUUUUUUUGUUGAGUUAUACAAGUGAUUUUUAUACAAACUUUGGUGGAGUUAAUUCGGCUGGGUGUUGCCCGCCUUUACCUGCUUUGCUUUGCUUCGCUUUCUUUUGCAUUAAACUCGCCACAACCCUCUCAAGAUGAACUCCUGACGCGUCCAUGCAUUUUCACUUGCUCUUUUCCAAUUACGUAUAGAGCCUGACCACUCACGGAAAUGAUACUUGGCUGUGGACUGUGUGGCCUAGUGGUUAGGGUUCGUGACUCAUGAUCAGAGGGUCCACCUAGGAGUAUAAAUGAGUACCGGCAUUAAGUGGGGAGUAACCUGCGAUGGACCGGCAUCCCAUCCAAGGGCAAUAGAAAUAUCUUCAGUCGUUUCAUACAUAUGACACAAGAUACACGCCAGCUUGUUGGGCUUUAUUGGCUCGUGACAGACUUUACUAUAAGUUCAACACGAGUAUUUCGUGUAAAUAACACGUGAUGUAAAUACCAAAGCAACUAGAGAAAACAGCACCACUGAAAAAUUAACAUUCUUCAUUUGGCGAUUCAAUAACUUCAUUUACUCGCAUGAAUAACAAAAUGUAAGUUUAAUAAUAUGAAAGUGCUACUUUUUUUAAAAACAUAAUUCCAUUUUACAUGUACAAAUGCUAGCCAACAAAUAUCAAAUUUUCUUUACCGUUUUGUCCUGUACACUCUCUGAAUAAAUAAAUUGUAUGCAGACACUAGAGCUGCAUAA